GUCGACUCCAAAUCGACACGCGCUUACUUUUUUCGGCGCUAGAAAAUCGUUGUAAUUAUAAUUUCUACCACCAGAGGGUACACAAAGCAUAGAAAUGGAGGGAAUUAUAGAAUACAUACGUAAAUAUAAAACUGAUUAUUCGAUAGAUUUCAAGUGACGGCAAGUAGUUGGAAAGAAUGGAUGGUCGAAUGGACCUCAUUGUUAUUGUAAGUGUUGUAAGAAACAAAUAUUGGAGGCUUUUCGACACAAGAGAGAAUUCAUCGCUAUUUUGUUAACGAUAACAAGAAUGUCGAUUGUCAGCUCGUCAAGCUAUGGGCGAAGACAGCCACCCUGCAAAACUAUCCGGAGAACGAUUCUUCGUAAAUCAGGGGAAAACCUUUUGUGCAACGGAUAUGGCACCGUUUGUCUCGUGCCGCAACAGCUACACCAGUAUCGAUCGGCAACAUGCCGUGGUGCAGUUGCUGCUCCAAGAUGGCUCCCAAAUCUCAGGGCGCAGAAGGGAAUCUUCGUAACAAGGUGGCCCUGAAACCUGGCCACUCGCUUAUGGACUGGGUUAGGUUGGGUCACUCUGGUGUGGACCUGACAGGUGUGGGAGGCGUGCUCCUCGACGUGACCCCGGAGCAAUUGGCCGCCCACAGCAAGAAGAAUGACGCCUGGAUAGCCAUCAGAGGUAGAGUGUACAAUGUUACACAUUACAUGGACUUCCACCCAGGCGGAGAUGCAGAGUUGAUGCGAGGGAUUGGCAAAGAUGGCACCAGCCUCUUCACCCAGGUCCAUCCGUGGGUGAACUUUGAGUCACUGCUGCAGAAGUGUCUUGUGGGUCGGUUAGUGCAGUCAAACAGAAGCACAGGGGCGCUGCCUGUCCUGAACAAGAAGACCACUACAUUUAUUGGAAAGCUGUUCACUAAAAGAGGUGCUGAUCAGUGUGAUCCCCAAGAGAAGUCAGUGUCAAUGGACUGGUACCAGCAGCUUGGUACAGUGACUCUGCAGUUCUUCACACUAGGAGACUUCCCCCAGACUCGAGUGAUGCUAUUCACAAGCCACAAAGACCUUACUGUACACAUAAAGCUGGGGAGUCUCCUCCAUGUGACUCAUUUGCUGCUAGAAGAUAGUGUUAAGUGGCCAUGCAAGGUGAGGACUAACUGUGACACUGGUAUGGUAGAGAUAUACUUCACCAAGGCCACCCCUCACAUGUGGCACAAACUCGGCAGUCCUGUGGAAGAUGACGGGCAGAAGAGGGAUGUGGGGCAAGAACCUUAUGACCCCAUGGAGGUGGUGAGUGUGUCCAGUGUGACCCAUAACACCAAGUUAAUCUUGCUGCGCCACAAGCACCGAAUCAUGGACACCAUUCCUAUUGGCUACAGUGUACCAGUACUUGCCACCAUUGAUGGUGCAGAAGUGAUACGCAGCUACACACCAAUGGCUGCAGCGCUAGAUGAACAGUUUCUGCCACCUGACUGGAGUGAGGACUGCCUCUGCUUGAUGGUGAAGCAGUGCUCUAACGGCCUGAUGAGCAGAUAUUUGUGUGACCUGAAACCAGAGGAUGUGGUGAAUGUGGGCCCAGCUGUCGGGCUGUUACAGCUGUCUGUGAUGGAUGCCACAACCAGGCUUUGCCUGCUGGCUGCAGGUUCAGGCCUCACGCCUAUGGUGAACCUCAUCCUCUGGGCCCUCAGUACUGGCAAGAAAAAGAGAUUCCAGAAGGUGAGCCUUUUAUUCUUCAACCUGACAAGCAGAGACAUCUUGUGGCAGGAUCAGCUGGACAGACUUGCAACCACAGACACAAGAUUCUGUGUGACGCACGUAUUGACAGCGGCAGACAGUGAAUGGUCAGGGCAGACGGGACUUCUGAAUCUGGACAUGUUGCAAGCAGUGGUACCCAGUUUCACUGAACAAAAGAAGCAUGACACAUUUGUGUGCAUCUGUGGUCCUGAUCAAUUUAGGGAAUCAUCUGUCAGGUUUCUGGGAGAGAUGGGUUAUCCAGAGGAGUUCUACUUUGUCUUUCAAGGCUGAGUGUCAUCAUGGUUCAUGUGCUGCCUCAGCACAAGACUUGUGUGACGAAUGUGUGGAGCAGUGAGUGAGGAGUGCGAUGCUGUAGUAGUACUGGGUGUGAGUUUAUGCCAUUGCUGAUUCUUGCCGAGCUGUGGGAAAGUGUCAUGCCUUAAUAUUGAAAUUAUUUUUCUGUAACUAACAAAAUCUGUCUUUAGAUCUCACUUUUUCAUCUUCCCCACGCUUGUUAUCCUGUGCAUAUUGGCAGAGUUGAUGUCCGGUAUUGUGGGAUCAUUUAUUGUCCAUUUUCAUCCAUUCUGGUUGCUGGCAGAUAAUGCUGCAUUGUUCAGCUCCUUCUGCGUGCUUUGUAAAAAUUUAUUUUUCUGCAGCUCUCUGGUGGAGAAAGUGGCAAUGAAAGGACCGAAUGUUGACAGACUCUGUAUAAUGUUGGUAACAGGUAGGACGAUCACUCAUACCUUCAAUCCACUGUAUGUGAUUGAAUUUAAUGGUCUCUUUCUACCUUAUUGUGGCAAGAAUAUUUCUGAACUCUGAAAACCUCGAAGGCUAUGCAACUGGUAGCAUAGAUAGAUAAGUACCAGGUGAGAAGUAAUGCCUUGGUCUUCCAGGUUGGGGGUUGUGACUUUGGGGUAACUCCCCCCACCAAAGAAAUUAUUGGUAUACUUCUUGGGUAAAUGAAUAUAUGGAGUUGGUGCAGGAUUGUUUGCCAUAAUAGUGAAGAGAAGAAAAAGAAGUCAUAAAAUCCUGACAGACAUCAGUUGUGAGACACUGAGAGCAUCUGCAGGAGGAUAGACAGGGAAGAAGAAUGCUUUGUGUCCGGACAGGAUCUUGUGAUGCUACUGACGGGUGUUCUUACUAGGAGUAACUUGCAACACAGAGGAGGCAUGAUUGCUCAGUUGCAGAAGUGAUGAAUUAAAAUCCCAGCAAUAGAACUGUUAUUUCUCCAUUUGUUACUAGAUCUGUAUCAUCUCUUAGAGCUAGCCCAGCCUCUAAUCUGAUAGAUGCCAAGAGCUAGUCAAGUGGGUGUGAAGCUGACAGCAUGGUGGAGCCCUGCCUUCAUGCCCCCUGUAUGUCUUAGACACAGUGACUUUGAGAUGAGUUUAUAUGAACUGUGUGCAGUAUAAUUCAUUGCUUCGGGGUAGAAGAAUUCAGUUGUUUCCAGGGCUCCUGGCUCCUAUUGGUUCGCCCAUGGCCUCAUACCAGUGCUCACUUUCCUACAUUACAUAUCACUUUUCCCUAUUCAUCUCACUUCUUGUAUUCUGAAGAUGGAUACUGGUACCUAUCUCCCAGAGUGUGUGGCGGCAUCACAUCUUACAAAGCUAUAAUGUAACGAGCCUGAGUGAAUUGCUGGAAGGUUUGGUAACGGGUUGACCCGUUGCUCACCAUAGGAAAGGAAGUUGGAGUAACCCAAGAUUUGCUGUCUUCUGGCAUGUGACACUGUGUAGUCUGGUAGAAGUUCGCUGACAUUUUGGAGGAGUUUGCUGCUUGAAUCUUUGGUGUUGAGGAGGAGGCCAGGCAAGCAGGGAGAGCCUAAGGAUGGAGGCGCUUCAUUCCUCUGAAACGCUGGUGAACAUCUUUCAGACUACAUGACACCACAUCCCAGAGGAAAGUUACUGCUGUGGGAACUGCAUAUCCAACUGGAGUGCCUUGGUUUCCAGAUGUGUUCUUUGUUCACAAGGGCACCAGCAGGGGGGCAGACCAGGCAUAUGCACCCUUCCAAAUGAAUCUGAAAAAAAAAAUCAAAACAGAAAAAAGGAAAUACAUAAAAAAUUAGCAAUAAAAACUAAAAAUAUUACAAAAUGUAUUCUUCUGUCCUGAAUACUCCAGAGCAAUCAGUAAGAAAAAUAGGCACUACUGUUACUGUGGACACAAAUCUGUUUCCCAGUGCAGGUGGUGAUGUGUCCACUGCAGAAGUUAUGUAAACCAACCAGCAGAUGUUGCACUUACAUAAUCUUGAAUAAAAUUGGCGACAGAACUCGAUUCAUACUCAA